AUGGACCGCAGGUUGGCUAUCAUUCACAGGGUUAUUCUAUGCGUCGAUGCCCCUGAGGAGGUGCAGAACCACAUCGACCUUAUCAACGCCACCCCAGACUUGGUACUUCCACGCUACGCUCAGGUGUACUUGCGCUGGGAGCGGGGCGUCGAAGCGUCGAACGAAGAGCUGCUGCAGCUGCGCCAGCUGCUUCGCAUGGUAUCGGUCUGGCCCACCGUGCACAAGCUGAGCCUCGACCUCCCGAAGAACACUCCCCCAGACGUGCUUAAGGGCAUUGUCUUUCGCGGCGUCAAACAGCUCAUCUACGACGGCCCCGCAUCCACAGUCUAUUAUUUCUUGCGUCAGAAUCCCUCCAUCACCACCCUCACCCUCUUCUGUCCACCCAUCGACGCCCCUACCAUUUUUGGUAUCGCAAGGUUUCCUUCAAUUCCAUUCCGCCAUGCUCCCCUCCUCGACAACAUCACGACUCUUGCUUGCCCCGUCGGAUGCCUCAAGGGGCUGUCGUUCCCACUCUUCCGACUCGAGGUUCUAUACUUGGAGCUGAAGGACGCCGCCGGCAUCCCGGUCUCUCGUACCCGUGUUGCUCGCACCCUGCGGGACCUCUCUCCGAAGAUAUUCCCUCGCGUGAACUUUCUCCCUUCCCACUCUCCCGGGGAGUUGAACGUCUCGCCAUCGCUCGGCAAUCCCCGUGGGGUGAUGGGCGUCGGUGGCAGCAGGCAUUGCGCAAGCUGGAGCUUUUGGAAUGCCUGCUCGUCUGCACCACCUCUCCCCUCUUCGUGGACGCCCCCAUCGGAGACAUGCGGGCUGAAAGGAAAGUUGUACGCCGCUGGACCGGGGUCUCGAUCAGAUCUCCUCACCCCUCCCUUUACCAUAUUCUCUUGGCGUAUUCUGUGGAGUGCGGUUACUCUCCUGGCAUCAUGUCGCGGUGGGGUCCUAGUGCUACGACGGCGAAGUGGGUGA